GAUAGACCAGCACCCCUCCAGAACAAGACUCCUCCUCCAACGAAACGCCCGGCCGUCCUCCACGAAGACAUCUACACGAUCCCCAACAUCCUCACGUUUACACGACUCAUUGCUGCCCCCGCAAUUGGAUAUCUCGUACUACAUGAUCAACACGCCUGGGCUGUGGGACUGUUUGCCUAUGCUGGAGUUACAGACCUGCUGGAUGGAUGGAUCGCACGACGGUGGAACAGCAAGACGGUCGUGGGGACUGUUAUCGACCCCAUGGCGGAUAAGACGCUCAUGACGAUAUUGACCGUGUGUCUCGCUAUCAAGGGAGCCCUGCCGAUCUGGGUCGCUACCGUCAUUCUCGGUCGAGAUGUAGGACUCGCCAUCUCAGCCAUCUACUACCGCUGGAUUUCACUCCCACCUCCAAAGACAUUUGCCAGAUACUGGGAUUUCUCACUUCCCUCGGCUGAAGUGCGUCCUACAACCAUCAGCAAGUACAACACCUUUUUGCAACUUGCUCUCGUCGGAGUCACGACAGCCGCACCACUCGUGGGAACAGAUCUAACACCCGCAUUGACGAUAAUGCAAUAUGUUGUUGCUGGUACGACCAUCUGGAGCGGAGCGAGUUACAUUUAUACAAAGGACGCUGUUAAGAUCCUCAACAAGCCCAAGCCUUGA